AUGGGGCAAGCUGGCAGCCACCCAGCGGUUGCGGAAGUACCCACGCGCCGCGUCCAUACGCUCUCGCACGAACCACUGCGACAUGCACCGAAGGUGUUGCCAUCCCUCACGGAGUCUCCGCGUCUACGCACCACAGAUAAUGGCGCAAUCCUGCAUUCGGGGGGUACGAUUAGCUGUCGACGACCCGCCUCCAUGUUUCCUGAGGUGAAUAGAACCCCUCAUGGACAUGUACAUUCAAACGUCUACCGAUCGCGGUCAGCUGGUGGGGCGGAGUUUGAAUACAGACUCGAUCGAGACCCACUACAUCGGUCACACACCAAUCUCGAUAUGAGACAUAAUGACUCAAGUAGCUUAAACAAGCACUUUGGGUCCGAACCGGAUCUGAGAGUUGAGGAAGAUCAAAAACCAAGGUGCAAUAAUAAACACUUCAGGAAGAAGUAUAGAGCUCCCCAGCCACCUGCGAACCGUCACCGUGACUGCUCAUCACCAGACUCCUGUGACAGAAAUGCGAAACCGGAACCGCAAAAGAAAUUAAGGCUUUUCCGAACAAGAAAUGAGACGAAAAAACUUAACCCAUUAAAAUUAGAAACGAAGCCCGCUUACAGGAGUACAUAUACUGAUUUCAAAUCCCUUGAUUUUAACGACACAUCGUUUGAAAGACGGUAUAGAUCACCGUGCAAAGACAAAGGUCACUUAAAAUAUCCAGAUAAUGUAAGUAUGCUUCAAAGCACAACUUCUUUAAAGAGAGAAGAAAAGUUGCUGCAAGGAAAACAAGACUAUAGAAACAAAACUGACCGAAUGAGUGGCUGUAGAGCUAAAACCGCAAAAACAACCGAAAACAACGAUGCUUGGAAAACACCACUUCUUAACAGGAACUUCAGACACUCUGAAAGAUUCAGCAAAGAUCUCGAAAUACCGCCACUAAGAAGAGAAAAAACUUUCGAUAACACCUUAAACAUAAGUGAAAAUGAAUCUCCAAAACCUACUCGCGACAGUAGAAUUAAGACUACAGGAGAAUUAAUAAAAUCAAAUUUCGAUAAUAAAACGCCUUUGAGAAAAUCUCUUCCAUCAUUACUAAAUAAAAGUAAUGACGAAAAAGAUGAAUUUCAGGCUGAACUCAAAAAGGCCACGAGUAGAAUAAGAACCGAGUUAGUUAAUAAAUCUAAUGUAAGUAACAAAACUAGUCAAAGUAAAACGAAAAUCCCAACGAAAACACAAGUCAGAGAGUCUAGUCUUAGCGCGAAAGAUUCAAAACCAUUGAAUAAUAUAAGACGUCCGUUGAGUCGGAUUAACGAUGUUAAAAAUAAAACGACGAAUCAGGAAAAACCAGAUGUUAAGAAAUUUAAGAGUGAUGUGAAGGAAAAUAUGAAGUUGCCGGAUAGAGGGCAAGCAUCAGGAAAGGAAUCAACUCCUGAACACUCACCAACUAGGAGAAAAGAGCCUCUUACGAAGAUACAACAAGACAAACAAAAAGCACCAUCAAAGCAGUUUUAUUUCGGCAUGAUAGAAAAUAAACAAACAAAUACUCAAGACCACUUAAAGGAUUUUCCCGGACUCGGGAGUCCCAUCAUCGAGGAAUUAAGUAAUUUUCAUCUCAUUGAAAAAAAGCUUCUUGGAUUUCACGAAGAAGAUGAACUGGAUAAGUUCAACGAAAGAUUAAAGGAAACUUGUAAAAGAAAUUUAUCAUCAGAAUCCGCACUGUCAUCAGAAGGAUCUGAAGGUGAAGGUUCGGAAGGCUCACUGGGUAUUGCAUUGCGACUACGACCUACUUUACCCAAAAAGCUACCUAAUACGCCCCGAUUCUCCCCUGCUGCGGCGUGGAGGCAAUUAGCCAGCUUGGAUACCCAACUUGCUGAAAGUAGACCACUUGCAGUCGAAAUUAAAAUGUCCGCCAAUAUAUCUGGUGAAUCCUCACCCCGAUCAGAACAGUCCGCUGAUAAAUCGGGAGAUUCAGGAAUAUCAGGAGAUCACGCGAUCAGUGACCAUCGGAUUGAAUCGCCAUCCAGACAUCAUGUCCCACAAGAUCCCACCGCGUGGACUCCACAACAGGACCUGGGUGAUAGCAGUUCUGAAGGAGCCAGUGGCGCAUUACACCAGGCGUCCGUUGCCACUUUUACCCCGGGUCAGCCCUUCAGUCUGUCCCUACCCCGGGACAGUGAUAAAGGUAAACCGAUACAGCAGGGCUUCAACAGUCUUCAGAAGUUCAAGAAAUCGGUCUCCGGAGCGUUUGGAGCCGCUCUCGGUUCUAGGAAAUUCGACUUGGAGCACGAACCCAUGUUAAAUGAACCUGAACAGAAUUGGUUUUUGACUAAAUCCGCGCCAAACUCGCUGAGUAAUCCAACUCUAUUGCAACCCUUAAGAGUGAAGAACGAAGAGAUUCAGGAGGAAUCUGAUGUGAUGAACAAAGCUGAUUUGAACCCAUGGCGAGGUCCAUCUUCAUAUCUGUCAUGGGGAGGACAUGUUAUGUACCUUCCCCCCGCACCAGCCGCCCUUGACCAGCCUAUGUCAAUGCUUCCAACCGACAGGCCUGUAAGGAGCAAAUCGAGUGGUUGUCUUGAGACAGCAGCAAGAGCAGCACGCUCAGCUCUCGCGGGAGAGAUGAGAGAAAGAGAACGGUCUGCUUCUCCUAACAUUGCAAGAGCUGUGCCCGCUAGAGUCGAACCCGUGACGCUUUGUGAAAUUCUGAGAUAUCUUUACCAGCGAACAAACGUACAACCGCGGAGCAAAAGGUUUACAUUUCAGUCAACAGUGAGACAACUGGAACGACGAAGACUCGCUGAAAAACUAUCUAAAGAGGCAGACCUGAAGGAACAGCAGAGGAAAACCGAAUUGGAAGCAAUGAGGAGAGUAGAGGAAGAGUUUCAGCGCAAACGUGCCAGAGAGAAGGCCAAUAUAAGACAGCAAUUGCGUUUAGUCAGCAGCGGCGCUAGCAGCAUGCCACACACCUCGCAAAAUAAAGCAAGAGACGAGCCAGAUGGUUCCUGCAGAGAUUCCCCUGAUCGCCUGCGAGAUAGACAAAGGGUCAGCAAUGGAUCUGAAAUCAGUGGACGCAGUAAGAGCUCUACGCCGAUACGCAGCGUUGAGUUGUCAGAAUGGCGAGUAGAAAAUGGCGCUCGGGUUUACAGAGACUGGUCUGGAGCACUUGCAACGCAUGCGCAUCCUCCAGCUUGUGCGCGAAUGCCCAUGACCACGAAUACACACGGUAUAGAGGGCUCAACGUUUUCGGGGAGUCCCCGCUCGGACAACUACCGCCUGGAGUUCGCCAGGGGCGUCCCAUCACCCCGCACUCCUAGACCACCUCGCCUUUUGACAGCAACCAGAUCGUCUUCUUCUUCAGGCUCAGAGAUAUCUAUGCGACAACCAAUCAAGAUCAGGUGGUGA